CAGACAGAAAGGUAAUCAGAGAGAGAGAGCAAACGACUAACAAGACAGGUAAAGAGAGAAAAUCAAACAGAGUGACCACUGCGCAGGUGUCCUCAAAGUGACGUUUGUUGAGACCUGGUCAACAGCUGCCACUAACCUAAAGGAGGUGCGUCAUGUCUGAGUGCAGCAUGCUGCUGCUGGCUGGCCUGGUGCUGCUCCUGCUGCUGCUGGUCUGGAGGAGGACGGGGCAACAGGGGCUUCCACUGCCCCCAGGCCCCACUGGACUGCCCCUGCUGGGAAACCUGCCCCAAGUGAACAAGAGAGCGCCCUUUGAGACCUUCUUGAAGUGGAGUAAGCAGUACGGCCCGGUCAUGAGUGUGCGUCUCGGACCCCAGCGGAUGGUGGUCCUCAGCGGGUACAAGGCGGUGAGGGAGGCGCUAGUGGACCAGGCUGAUGACUUUGCAGGCCGGGCACAAGUCCCGUUCCUCGAUAGACUUCUCAAGGGUCAUGGUCUGGCCAUCAGUAACGGUGAGCGCUGGCGCCAGCUGAGACGCUUCACACUGAGCACGCUCAGAGACUUUGGGAUGGGCCGCAAGAGGAUGGAGCAGUGGACUCUGGAGGAGAGCCGCCACCUGCUGGAGAGCCUGAGAGACACCAAGUCGACCCCGUUCGACCCAACAUUCUUCCUGAGCCGCGCCGUGUCCAACGUGAUCUGUGCGCUGGUGUUCGGGCAGCGCUUCAGCUAUGACGACGUCAACUUCCUGCGUCUGCUGCGCAUCAUCGGAGCUACAAUACGCUUUGCAAGCAGCCCCAUGGGACAGCUGUACAACCUCUUCCCCAAGCUGAUGGAUCACCUCCCUGGGCCCCAUCACAACGUCUUCAAGCAGAUGGAGCAACUUAGGAUCUUUAUUAUAGAGAAGAUCCACCAGCAUAAAGAGUCUCUGGACCCAGACAACCCUCGAGACUACAUCGACUGUUUCCUCAUCAGACUUAACCAGGAGAAGGACCUGCCUGAAUCUGAGUUCAUCUAUGAUAACAUGGUGGCUACAGUCCUGAAUCUCUUCAUGGCUGGGACCGAGUCCACCAGCACCACCCUCCGAUAUGCCUUCAUGUUGCUUAUAAAGCACCCAGAUAUCCAAGAGCACAUGCAGAAGGAGAUUGACGGGUUGCUCGGCCAACACGGCGUCCCACGAAUGGAAGAGAGGAAGUCCCUCCCCUUUACCGAUGCUGUCAUCCAUGAAGUUCAGCGUAGCUUGGACUUUGCACCCCUCAGUGUUCCCCACUAUGCCAUGAAGAACAUCUCAUUCAGAGACUACAUCAUUCCUAAGGACACAGUGAUCAUUCCCAUGCUGCACUCUGUUCUCCGAGAUGAGGACCAAUGGGAGAACGCCUGGGCCUUUAACCCAGACCACUUCCUGGACCAAAAUGGCAACUUCAAGAAGAACCCAGCCUUCCUUCCCUUCUCUGCAGGUAAGCGGGCGUGUGUGGGAGAGUCACUAGCACGGAUGGAGCUGCUGCUCUUCCUGGUGUCCAUAGUGCAGCAUUUCCAACUCAGCACCCCUGGAGGACCGUCCACUCUGGACAUAAACCCUGAGUUCAGCAGCUUUGUUAAAGUUCCUGCUCAGUACCAGCUAGUCGUCACCCCCCGCUGAUUGACAUUGGUACUGCCAGUCAGUAAAUAAACUGCACACAUGCAGUCCCCUUCCAGUAUUAUUGACAGGAGCCGUGGUAGUGUAUUUAGCUGGGCUCGCAUGCAGUAUACUCUAAAAAGUUGUAAAAUACCCUUCCUCCACCGUUGUGCCCUUGAGCAAGACACUUAACCCGGACUUAACAGGGCAAUGGCCCCUGUAGCUCACUGUAGAUUAAAGUGUCUGCUAAAUAAAUACAUGUAAAUGAAAGCAACACUCAACUUUCUAGUAAAUUAGCUUAUUUGCCAUCUCAAUAAGAAGAUACAGUGUAUACCUUUUUCUUCUCUGUACGUGCAAUACUCAAGUUUGGCACAGUUAGCCCAGUAUAGCAUAACUCAUUGGAAGUGGGAUAUUUCAGUUAGCCUAUAACUUCCUUUUAGCCAUGUUAGCUAUAGGCUAACUGGAAAUCAUGAUUUUCAUUUCUGUCCUCAAAAAACACUUCACUGCACUUUACAGGUUACUUAGGUGCAGGUGUGACUUGCCAAGCUGUUCAUGAGAGUCUCCUUGACUACAGAAACGGUCCCUCUAUUGAUUGCUCAUACCUUUGACAUAUCUAUUACCUUACCUUUGGUGUCUGUUUCCGAGAUCGCUGAAGGGCAAUACCACAUGGCACUGUGCGCCAAUAGAAUAAAAGGCCUAUUGUGUGCCUCCGACAUCCACUAAUAUAUGUGCAGGUCCCAGGUCUGCAACGCGAUAGUGGAGGGCAAGGAGCAGUCAUGUCAGGUGUCAGAAGGACCCUGCAGUAUCAUCAUACCUUUCGAGAAUGUCUUUGAUCGUAACAUCAGUCAAUCUAAUGCAGUCUACCGCCCCACCUGUGACAGUUGUGAAGUCAUUGGAACUUUCCUAUGAUCUCCGCAGUAAACGUCACAACACUUUGAACUGUGGGUAAUUCCCUUAGGUCAUGUCUGCACCGAUGCAGGGCUCGGUAAGUGUGUACUCAAACCCUCACACCCGUUGUAAUUAGACAUUGGGACAACCCUAAGCUAAGCCCUUACGAAUUUCGCGAGAACACGCACCAAAGUCUGUGAGUCCGUGAGUCCGGACAUUGGGAUCGGGUCAAUGAUGUUUUGCUUAGAAUUCUCAAUAUGUAUCACUAUGUUUUGUUUUGAGACAGAUUUGAUUUGUAAAAAAAAAAGACAAUCUUGCAUGAUUUCAGCUUUUAUUUUAUGAAUGUGACUACACUGUAAUCCUGGACUAUUCUUUUUUUUAAAUAUUUUUCUACAAAAAAAAACAACAUUUAUUUUCUUCAAAAAAAAUAGUUGUAAAUAGUGCAUUUUGCUUUUGUUAAUAAUAAAUGUCUGCCUCAUACAUAUUA